AGUAACAGCUUGUUUUAACAAACAUUUUCUGAAAGAUUUGAAGCCUGAAAUUCAAAUUAUGUCAUUAUGUAGUUAAUCCAGUCCUCAGAUUAUUCCAGUGAUAUGCCAGAGCACCACACAUUUUAUGAGGUACACACCAAAAAUCUAGACAGUUUAGAGAUAUGGCGGUAUGUUAGAACAAGAAACCCUAACUACAGCUAAAUUUACAAUUAGGACAGUUUUUUUUCAAACAAUCUCACUCUUAUUAUGUUUUGAGUCUUACUUAAGUUCUUUACCAUCUCUGUUUUUUUACUUAACGAUAAAGACAAGAAGCCCAUUGUGGCUGUGGGGGAAUAUCUCAGAAAGGAAGAAAUCUCUUCACAAUAAAGCUUUCAACAGUAAGUAUCGUUAGGGGUUAAACUUCCCAUAGAUUGUGACGCAUGUAAAUUGCACCGGUUUUACAGACGUCAUUUCCAGAAGCUUGUCUUCCUUUGUACCCGGAACAGAAAUAAACUUACUUGAUGUGGUCUAGUGAAACAGUAUGGUGUACGUGUCCAAUGGCCAAAUGCUGGAUAGCAGAAGGCAGUCUCCCUGGAGGUUGUCCUUUAUCACAGACUUUUUCUGGGGAAUUGUGGACUUUGUAGCUCUCUUCUUUCAGACUCUGAUUAAUCCUGAUAUGUCAAGAGGAGGAAGUCAGACAUCCUCGAGAUAUACCGAUGACAGAGGACCUCCAAGAUUUCCUCGUAGAAUGGGAAGAAUAAAUCACGGGGGUGGAGGGCCGUCUCCUCCUCCAAUGGGUGGUGGUGGAUGAGGAAGGUAAAAGCCUGCUUUCACGAAGGCAGGCACUUGGAUGCUUAUAUUCAUAAGGUGUGAAAAGGGCAAUAAAGAUGGUCUGUAGAGCGUUCCGCUGAAUUACAGUUGGGAAUUUGUGCAUCCACAUAACUGUGUUGCUCUCUCAAAAAGAGAUUAAUGAAGUUGUAUUGGGAAUACCUAUUUGUAGGAGCCAGUGCAACAGAUAAGCAACUUCAACAGAUGGUCAAUAGUCACCAAAUAGCUUUGAUCUCUCAAUACUUUAAAAGUAUGCUGUGAAUGUAUUUGUAGUUCUGCAUUGCUAACUGAUUUUCUGUAUAUAAAAUUAUUUAGCAGAGGAAUUCUUUUUUGAUGCCAGAGUGGUUUAAGACCAGUGAUAAAUAUAUAAAUAGCAUCAGGAUCAGUUUACCUUUUUGUAUGUCUUGAAAAGACCUACACUUAAAUGGGAUGUAAAACUGUAUGAAUCAUUUCCAUUUGUUUAUAAUAUUCAGCAGUUAGGUGUUUUGUAAUGUGUGCAGAAUACAUUUUCCACACAAGACUGAUUUUCCAUCUAGUUGGCAGAAUGAUUUCCAGAAAUCCUUUUCAUUGUUUUCAGCUUAGGCCUGGAACUACGGUGUUAUAUGGAACCGUUUUUAGGUUUGUAAAAUAAAAAGAAACCUCUUAAUA